AUCGUAGGAUCAACUUUAAAAGAUUUGGCCUUUUAAGCAUUUUGCUUACAGAGCCCAAGUGAAAGAGUGACAAAUUGAAUUGAAGAGAAACAGAUUGCGGCGAAUUGACAGCUGGCUGGCAGUCGGCACAUCGACGACGGCAACUGCGAAGCUAACGAUGCCCACGAAAUACGAAGACGAAAGCAACAGAAACCGAACACAACACGAGGCUUCGUCCUGACAAUGGAGGAGGCUAAGGCUCGUCCAGUAUGUUGGCUGACAAGUGCAAGGCCCAAAAUAAGUUUCAGUUUCAGUUUGUGUGCGACUGCGACGGUGAACGCAUGCGAGAUAAACGCAGCGGCUAACGCGUGCGAGUUCGAGUCUGAAUCCAAAUUCAAAUCCGAUAACGAAUUCGAUAACGACAAAGCCAGCGGCGGCACACAAACAAGUUGAUAUAAAUCGAAGGCCCAAGACGUGAGACGCCAAAGUAUCUGCAACCUGCAUCAGUGUGUAAAUUGAGGACGCAAAAUGAAAUAAAACAACUAUAUCAGUAAGGAGAUGUUAAAACAGUUAAAGCUAAUUGUAAAUCGAUAAACAAGCAAAAAAAAAGUUUGUGAAAGCAGUAGACAUUGUGGCACUCACAGGACACGAAACGAGAAAGAAAAACUGAGAGAGAGAGAGGGAGAGACAGAUCCAAGGAGUAAAGCACACGGCGCUGGACGCCGCUUCCAUAUCAAAAUGUUGACCCUUUCGACGCUGCUCUGCUGCAUGAUGGGGCUAACAUUGUGCUACCAGCGGCAAUCUGUGAACAACAACAACAAUCAUAAUAAUGCAGAUUCAAAGCCAACACAUCUGCCACCAUUACAUUAUCCGCAUGGCCACAAAUGGAACGAGCCGUAUUUUGAUUUGACAAUGCCAAGGAAUAUAACAUCCCUUGUGGGCAAAUCCGCAUAUUUGGGCUGUCGUGUCAAGCAUCUGGGCAACAAGACGGUCGCUUGGAUACGACAUCGUGAUCUGCACAUACUCACCGUGGGCACAUAUACCUACACAACGGAUCAACGUUUUCAGACCUCCUAUCAUCGUGAUAUUGAUGAAUGGACAUUGCAAAUCAAAUGGGCCCAGCAGCGGGAUGCUGGUGUCUACGAAUGCCAAAUAUCAACGCAGCCGGUGCGCAGCUAUUCGGUCAACUUGAACAUUGUGGAUAUUAUCGACGAGGAGACGAGCAGUCUGAUGCAGCAAUAUUUCAACGACGAUGCCUUCUACAUAGCCGCGGAUCGAGUUUAUCAGUCCAGCGAUGAUGAAUUUGCGGGCAUGUUUGGCCCCAUUCAAACAGUUGCGGUGCCCACUGCAACGAUACUCGGCGGACCCGAUCUCUAUGUGGACAAGGGCAGCACCAUUAAUCUUACAUGCAUCAUUAAGUUCAGUCCGGAGCCACCAACACACAUUUUCUGGUAUCAUCAGGAUAAGGUGCUCAGCGAGGAGACUGCCGGUGGGCGGCUGAAAUUUAAAACCAUUAAAUCAGAGGAGACCAAAUCAAUUUUGCUUAUCUACGAUGCGGAUUUAUUGCACUCCGGCAAAUACUCGUGCUAUCCAUCAAAUACUGAAAUUGCUAGCAUACGCGUCCACGUUCUGCAGGGCGAGCGACCCGAAGCAAUGCAAACGAAUGCGGCACCAGCUGCUGUCGCACUGGCCUGGGCCUGCCACACGAAACAGGCAACGCAGGCCGUCAAAGUAAUUAGCACAAUGGUCGCGGCAUUUGUAUUGUUGGAAGCCUGCUGCACACUGCUGCUCCAGGGAGCAGGCAGAGGAGGCGGAGCAGCCGCUGGAGAUGGGGCAGAAAACAUAGCACGGCCGGAGAAAAGUCAAACGGCGCGGGCGAACAAGAACAGCAUCUGCGGUAACCGCAAACAUGGUGGCCAACAGACGACGUCAACCCCGUCCAACCAUGUCAAUACGAGUAGGACAACUGCACGGUGAUAAAUUAAAGCUGCACAGUUAGAAGCGCCACAGAAAUGCCACCGCUAAUGCGGCAGCCAAGUCAGCGAAUGUAACUAAGUGGGCUGCCCGCUGGAGAGCUAUCAAGAUGUGAAGCUUGGCUGUCGCGCAAAUUAUGCAAUGCAGCAGUAGGUGCACCAGUGGCAGUGGCAGUGGCAGCAACUUCCGAAGCAUGCCGCAUUAUACCAAAAAUAAAAUUUAAAAUAAAAAUUAUAUAAAAAAAAAUAGCUAAUAACGCUAAUGAUGAGCUGCUUUGGAUAAUUUCAACUACGGCGGCUGGUACUGGUGCAGCUAUUGAUAUUGCUUUUGGUAUACUCUCUAAGUUUUAAGUUAGUGCGUGUAUACUUUACAUGGGUUGGGACUAGGUCUCAGGGGGGGCAGCUAUGUACAUAGUACUCUUAUCUAAACUUAUAUGCCAGCACUAGAGACAUUAGUAAAAUUGACAACAAAACUUUGGCUAAAGAAUGUAAAAAUCACAAGUAUUGUUAUUGACAAAAAUAACUGUUCGAAAAGAAAAAAAGUAAAAAAACGUGUUGUCGGUUGUAGAAACUGCGGCAAUAAUUUAAUAUUUUAAAGUCGACUUAAAUUUCAUUCAUUUUCUGAUUAUAUAUAUAUCGUUUUGAUUUGAGGGCUUUGUAUGCGAAGUUUAUUGUCAUCAACAAUUGGGAUAAGUUUCUGAUAGUCACCUGUAUAUAUUUGUAAGGCCUAGCUAAUAAUGUAAAUAUUUAUAAUUACUGCCAGUACUUAAUCGGCGGCAGUCACUUCGACAACGCAUUUCGGUAAGAUCAACGUAUGCAUAUGUUUUCAUAAUGUUCCUACUCGAGCUUUGCGCUUUCGACGUUUUCUAAGCCAGACAACAUUUAAAACUAGCAAAUUUCCAAUAACCCAGCAUUACAAAUGCAUCAAUCUUUAUUAAUACGAUUUUCUAUAUCUUCGUUUAAACAGGCAUUGUAUUAACUAUGUAUGUACAUAGUUGAGUAGCAUUUCUUAAACUUUCUGUCGGGGUGCCAUUUCUAUCUUCGAAAAAAUACGUAAAAUGCUGUGCUAGUCUGUUUCCUCCAAAGUGUCACUCGCACUUCUUGAGUAUUCCAUAAAGUAUUGAGAAUAUGUGCCCACCCCAAACUUGCUGUUGCUCAAGAGUUUGGAGCUGUAUUUGGAACUUCUACUUCAUCAUGUCCGGUUGUAUUUCCCCAGAAAGCUGCAAGUCACUUGCCAUUGCCUGUCAACAAAAUAUUUGCAUUUAUAUUUGCUAAGCUGCCCACUAAAGUGUAGCGCCCAAGACUUCAGUUUGUCUGAAAGCAUUUCGCCCGGGUUUCCGCCUGGGUCGAUGGCCCAUGGUUGCAUAGGUACUCCUUUUCCCCGUAUGGCAUUUUGCACCUCCCCCAAGCCGUUUCCUCUGCGCUUGGCGCCGUUUAAUGUGUCACAUUUAAAAAUGCAUGCGACUGUCCACCUUAAUGGCCGGUCGACUAUUAAAUGUUAUGACCAUUCGCAAGCCAGGGCAUGGCAGGGCAUUUAACUGAUCAAAAUUGUAAAUAACAAUUGCAUAUAUGUUACGUAUAAAUUAAAGCUGCUGUAUUUAACUAGAUGUGGUAGGAGUAUGUGUGUAAUUUUCCAAAGAGAAACCCAUUUGCAGUCAUAAAUAUUAAUAUUAAUAAUUAAAAAUUAUAAAUGCGCGCCAGUGAAAUUUGUCGCGACAUUUAUAUGAAUGUUUAAUGAGUAAAUGCAUGUUGCUAUAAACAGUAAAGAAAAAACGAGAACGAAAAUCCAAAAAUAAUCAAAACAAUAAAUCCAGUGAAGAGUAUAGAAUACAUAUAAAGUUUGUAUAUGUAUAUAUAAAAGUUAAAUUGAGUAUUAUAAUCAGACAUAAUAAUAACAAUAAAAACAAAAAACUACAAGCAUAUAUUAAUGUCAUAGAGAUGAUAAUGAUUGUGUUGAUGAUAUUUUGUUACAAACAAAAUGUGAACACAUUAUAAUGGAUUAUAAAGUUGUUUUAAUGUUUAAGUGAGUAGCGCCAGCUGAGCGUUAACGAGCAUUAGGAUUAACUACGUUUAUAAAUAAAAGCAGCAAAUAUUUAAAUAAAGUUUUUAGUUAUUAUGAAAA